AUGGCGCCAUCGCCGACGAGAAGGGGGGGAUUCCAAGCCCUUCCUUGCCCGCAAAUUUCCCACACCACAUUCGGGCAUUCAUUCUUGCAUUAUCGAUCUUCUUCUUUUUUUUAUAAAAAAUUGUGAGCGGUGUGGAGGAUUCCGUAGCUUUCAAGGUUCGGAACAGGGAGUAUUAUUAUGGUGGUGGUCCAGUGAUCCAGGCAGGGGGGCGCAUUCGGGAACACUUGGUUUGAGUGCGCGGUGCUGCUGGUAAUUCCCUUUGCGGAGAUGGCGGGGGAGACGAUGGAGUUCGAGGUUAAAGGCGGGCUCCUCUCUAGGGCUGCACGCUACUGGAAGAUGGGAUCCGCCAGCUCGCGCAAGGGCCUCCCCCUCUUGCUAGCAUCGCCGCUUUCUCCCAACGAGGAUGAGACUGGCCCAGUGGAAAAGGUGGUGGAUGUUAUGAGCAUCACAGUAAACCAACUGCUAGAGCACCUUCAUGGUGUCACCAAAUAUCUGGACUUUUGGCAGAAAUUAUCGGAGGGCGAGGAUAACGAAAAAUUGUCGUUUAUGAUGUUUGAAAGGGGACCGUGGGCAUUUUUUCAAGGGAUCAAGUUGUUCAUUCGAGCAUCCUUUGUAGAGGCUUCCCCUGGGAAAGAGCUUAUAGCAGCAGCAAGUGCUCGUAUCUCUGAGAGGGUUGCUGUUCUUGCAGACCUGCGCGAACGGCUUGCUACUGUCACUGGACAGGUGCAUAUAGAAGUGGAUAAAAUGGGGGAAAAAGUAAGCAACGGGCAGAAAAGUCGGCUGGCUUCCUCCGAGUGCACAGUGGCAGUACUCAAGGCUCUCUCUGUUUUAGAAGGAGGAUACCGGCUACCACAGGCAGAUUAUUACAAUCACGGUGUUUUAUCACAAGCAGUAACAAUUGUUCUGGACUUCGAAGAGAUACCAGAUAUACUUGCAUGCCGGCUGGAAUGGUCAAACAAUGAGCUUGACGAUGCUCUUAAAUUAGUCUCUGAUAACAUGUGGAAACUACAAAACUUUCUGGAUACUGUGAUGUGGCAAUAUCGGCGGCCACGGAAGGUAGUGAGAAAUUGGAUACAAUAUACUGGGGGUGCACUCGGAUUAGGAAUAGUAUCUAGUUGGCUGUUCCGUCACAGCCGCUUAGGUGGCAGCAGCGAUCUCGACCAGUGGACUAAAGAAUCUGUUCAGGCUGCAUCUAGUUUCUUGGAAGAACACGUUCAACAACCGCUUCAAUCUAUCAGAGACGAUCUAUUUGACACUUUUCACAAGAGACAUAGAGUUGGGCAUGAACUUGGCGACGUGCAACUUACAGCUGAAUCUUUGCACAGGAUGUUGAAGGAGUUUGUGGCACAAACCAAAGGUAAUGCUGCAGCAGAAAACUCGUCAGAGCAACAGUUAAUGGAACUCAUGAUGAGCAGAUAUGAGACAGAAUUAACUCACCCCGUGAGAAACAUUUUUGGCGGAGAACUUGCUAGAGCUCUGCUUAUCCAGGUGCAAAAGUUGAAGCUUGAUGUUGAAACGGCGAUGCUAGACCUUAAUCAAAUUUUGCGUGCAAAUGAAAUUAACUUCGCGGUGUUGGCAGCUAUGCCGGCGUUUCUUGUUGCUCUCUUCGUCGGAUGGCUUUUGAAGAAGCCAUUCACUGAGGAUGUUAAAAGGGCAGAAGGACGUGGAAGGAAGGCUCAGCUGCUUCGUCGCAUGCUGAUGGUGAAUGUUGAGAAUGCGAUUAUGACUUUUCAGAUGUGUGUGGAUGAAGACCAGGAGGAUGCAUUUGCUCAGUUUGGAACACUCAUAUAUUCCCUUGAUCGGUUACACAAGGCCGUCAAAAAGCCUGCUAUAGAAUCUGGAGAAUGGUCAAGUUUGGAGAAAGACAUUGUCGAACUUGCAAAACCAAGGCUAUCCACUUACUACAAGCUUGCGAUUGCAGGCCGCAUGGAGCGCGUUUACGAAAUUCUGGUGCCUAUGCCUAAAUUGAGGUAGACUGUACACAGUACAGUGUGAAUAUGAGAAAUAAAAUUAAUUGCACUUUUUUCCUAUUUUAAAUUCACUUGCUUCUUUAGUGUGCUACGUCAGUUUUUAUCAAAUUUCACUCCACACUAUAUCUUGAAUUAGACCCAUGUCUACUUUGUCUUCGUGCGUGAGCUCAGAGUUAUAAUUGGACACUGAUUACCAUACUUGGUUCAAAGGUGAAGAAACUUAUUACUGAAUGAGCCCAAUCUUAUAAGCUCUUUU